CAGGACCAAGCAACCUUUAUUGAAUAGUUAAGCAACUUUCAGCUUUCUUAAGCAAAGAAGGAAAAAGCAGCCUUUCUUGAAAUUAAUUCUAUGUGAGACUCUUCAAACUGGCCUAACAUAUAUAAGCAUGCAAGACAGAAGGCAUGAGCAGGUAGUGCUCUACCCUUAAUGCUGAAGGAGGAUUACUCAGCAGAGAAAAGAGCCCACUAGGAUUACUCUGAAAACAUGUCAGAGGCUUCCUCCUUUCAUGACUUUUUUAAUGAUUCCCUAUCUGGCAUACAGGAUGGAGAAGUUUCAAAUGAGCUAUCUGCAUUUCUCAGCAAGGAGGAGAUAAAUAAAAGUCUUGACCUUGCCAGAGAAGCUAUUGCUAAUUCAGUGAAGGAGAAUCAGAAUGUAGAGCAGGAUUUCACUCAUAAUUUCAACACUUCUCCAAACUCAUCAGAAUAUACUUCUUCUAGGAAGACCAAAGUCCAUGAACAAGAAGUUUUGGGGAGGCUUCAGGUGAGCAGCCCAAAUUCACUAUUCAGCACAACUCAAACUCUCCCAGAGCAACAAAAACAGCAACCACCCACAUCCCCUCAGGCAGCAAGCAGCAUUUGCACUGUUCCUGGGAGGCAAGGCAGCAUUUCGCCCUCACUAACGACUAGCCCCAGCUUUAUUCGGAGUCUAAGAAAUGCAGAGAGAUGUAGUCCAAAUAUGCAAAAGACAAGCCCAAAAUCCAAAUCAAUGUCCCAGGGAGAUGCACCUUUCAGGAACAAGCUGUGUGACAAGGCUGCCAUGUUCAUUGAAGAACUUUCUUCCAUAUUUAGAGAAGCAGCAAAGGCAAGAGGCAGGAGUCCCAAUGGGGACUCCUCUUCUCCUGACAGUGGAUACCUAUCUCCUAAAAAGAAACAGUCAGCCACGAUAAAUGCCUCAGUGAAUCAGAGCCAUGGCAAAGCAUGUCCAGAAAUCAAACCUGAGGCAAAGUUACCUGAGACUCACCACAAUGGAGAGCUCUUCCCUGACAGGAAGAAUGUCACUCAAGAAAAUGAAACUGCCUUCCACCAUGAGCUCACGAAUCCAGGUAGCUAUCAGUCUUCAGCUCCUCGAUUUACUCAGAAACUCCGGAGCCAGGAAGUGGCUGAAGGAAGCAAGGUGCUGCUGGAGUGCAGAGUUGCUGGAAACCCAACACCUCAUGUCAGAUGGUUCUGUGAAGGGAAAGAGUUGCAGAAUUCCCCUGAUAUUCAGAUCCAUUGUGAAAGUGGAGGUCUUCAUUCACUAGUCAUAGCAGAAGCCUUUGAGGACGAUACUGGACGUUACACUUGCCUGGCAUCAAAUUCUGUUGGCUCUGAUAGCACUUCAGCAGAAGUAUUCAUUGAAGGUGUCAGCUCAACAGAUUCUGAGAGUGAAAGUUUAGUUUUCAAGUCAAAAUCUGGAGCUAUGCCGCAAGCCCAGAAGAAAACCACUUCUGUUUCUUUAACAAUAGGAUCUUCUACUCCAAAGGCUGGAGUCACCACAGCUGUAAUUCAGCCUAUCUCUGUACCCAUUCAGCAGGUUCAAAGCCCUACUUCAUAUCUGUACCGACUAGAUGGAUCCAAGCCUGUCUGCUCCACACCCAUUUUUACAAAGGAGCUGCAAAACUCCACAGCAUCUGAAGGACAGGUUGUUGUACUAGAGUGCAGAAUCAGGGGAGCUCCUCCAUUGCACGUUGAGUGGUUUCGACAGGGUGUUGAAAUCCAAGAUUCUCCAGAUUUCAGAAUUCUCCAGAAAAAGCCCCGGUCUGCAGCUGAACUUGAAGAGAUAUGUACAUUAGUAAUUGCAGAGACUUUUCCUGAAGAUGCUGGAACCUUCACAUGCACAGCAACAAAUGAAUAUGGGUCAGUGGCAAGUAGUGCACAACUUACCGUCUGCUCAGCCAACUCUGAAAGCUUUAGCCAUGAGCUGUCAACAAGAGAAUCCAACAGUGAUGAUUUCCAACAUUUCCCACCUCCCCCUCCAAUUCGUGAGAUUAGUUCUCUUGAGCUUCCUCCAAAGAAGCAUACAGAGAGCCAACAGGUGAACAACACAGAAUUUAGACCCAACAUAGCAGCCGUUCAGUUACAGUUCAACUCUGCUGAGAAGAAAACCAGUGGCAUCCAUCCCAGUCAUGAAGCAAAUGGAGUGAUUAACAGCAAAGCUAGUAGUGAUAAGUCUGCCCCAGCUCCAGCUGUCCUGCUUUCACCCACAAAGGAACCACCACCAGUCCUUGCCAAACCAAAGCUGGACCCUCUAAAACUACAACAACUGCAGAACCAAAUUCGUCUGGAACAAGAAGGUGGCCAGCGGUACCAUCACCACCAGCAACAUCAAAACCCUCUGCCAUCUCCUCCUUUUCCUCCUCCCCCUUCUUUCCAGGAGCUGUUGUCCAGCCAGUCUGUCACUUCUCCGGUGCAAAUGAGCAUUCUCAACUCCCACACUUCCCCAACCAUGCAGUCAUCCAGCACCUUCAGCUAUGCCCGGCCUAAACAGUUCAUUGCUGCUCAGAACAUCAGCCCUGCUUCAGGUUAUGUAACUCCUUCAUCUGGCUCUUCCACAUCCAGCCUGCCGUCCCCUAUGUCUCCAACUGCCUCUCAGAAACAAUUUGGCAGAGCACCUGUUCCCCCUUUCUCCCAGCCAUUUGCUCCGGAAGGGGAGUACCUGUGGUCUCCAUCUUCCUCUUCGCCUCCUCCCCCACCUCCACCAGUCUUUAGUCCAACUGCAACAUUUUCAGUUUCUGAUUCCUUCCCACCCCCUCCUCCUCCUCUCCCUUCCUCAGUUUCCUCACCUUCCCGCAGUCUUUCUCCAACUGCUAGAUUCUCUAACUCCAGCCAGUCUCCAGCAGCGUUCCUCAGCUCCAUGUUACCAUCCCAGCCACCGCCUAUAUCUGUCAAUGCACUAGGACUUCCAAAAGGUGUUAUGCCUCCGGGAUUUCCAAAGAAAACAGGCAGAACUGCUAGGAUAGCAUCUGAUGAAGAGAUUCAAGGGACAAAAGAUGCUGUCAUACAGGACCUGGAAAGAAAACUUCGUUUCAAGGAAGAACUUUUGAACAAUGGCCAGCCGAGGUUAACAUAUGAGGAGAAGAUGGCACGUCGACUCCUGGGUGCUGACAAUGCUGCAACUGUUUUUAAUAUACAGGAACCAGAUGAAGAUCCCACUACACAGGAGUAUAAAGUCUCCAGCUUUGAGCAGAGACUGAUCAGUGAGAUUGAAUACCGCCUGGAGAGGUCUCCUGUGGAGGAAUCGGAUGAUGUGCAGCAUGGAGACGAGCCCACUGAUAACAGUGUGGCACCAUAUUUUGAGAUGAAGCUGAAACAUUACAAAAUCUUUGAAGGAACGUCAGUCACAUUUACAUGCAGAGUGGCUGGAAAUCCAAAGCCAAAGAUUUAUUGGUUCAAAGAUGGGAAGCAAAUCUCUAAAAGAAGUGAUCACUACAGAAUUCAAAGAGAACCGGAUGGGACCUGCUCUCUCCACACUACAGCCUCCACCCUGGAUGACGAUGGGAAUUACACUAUCAUGGCUGCCAACCCCCAGGGCAGAAUAAGCUGUACCGGAAGGCUGAUGGUUCAGGCUGUCAAUCAGAGAGGACGGAGUCCUCGAACACCCCCCAGCCAGCCUCAUAUCAGAAGACCUCGAUCUCGAUCAAGGGACAGUGGCGAUGAAAAUGAACCAAUUCAGGAACGAUUCUUCCGACCUCAUUUCCUGCAGGCUCCUGGAGACUUGAUUGUUCAAGAAGGAAAACUCUGCAGAAUGGACUGCAAGGUCAGUGGAGUACCAACUCCAGAUCUAAGCUGGCAACUCAAUGGAAGACCAAUUCGUCCUGAUAGUUCUCACAAAAUGUUGGUGCGUGAGAACGGUGUACACUCUCUGAUCAUAGAGCCAGUCACAGCUAGGGAUUCUGGAAUCUACACGUGCAUUGCCACCAAUCGAGUGGGUCAAAACACAUUCAGCCUGGAGCUCAUUGUUGCAGCUAAGGAAGAACACAAGCCACCUGUGUUUAUAGAGAAGCUACAGAACACAGGAGUGGCUGAUGGAUAUCCCGUACGACUGGAGUGUCGAGUCUCUGGGGUGCCAUAUCCUCAGAUAUUUUGGAAGAAAGAGAAUGAGUCACUUACUUACAACACUGAAAGAGUGAGUAUGCACCAGGAUAACCAUGGCUACAUUUGCCUGCUUAUUCAGGGAGCUACAAAAGCAGAUGCUGGUUGGUAUACUGUGUCAGCUAAGAAUGAGGCUGGGAUUGUGUCCUGCAGCCGGCUUGAUGUUUAUACUCAGUGGCAACAACAACCUCAAAGCACCAAGCCAAAGAAGGUGCGUCCCUCAGCCAGUCGAUAUGCAGCACUUUCUGACCAAGGACUAGACAUCAAGGCAGCAUUCCAGCCUGAAGCAAACCCAGUUCAUCUGACAUUGCAGUGUGGCUUGGUAGAGAGCGAUGACCUGUAGACCCGAGCUGCCAGAUCCAUCAUUUUCUUUCAAAGCAGAAACACUGAAAGCCAUUGCCUUGACCAAUGAUACUUCUAUGUCACUUUAUGUAAAGCCAGACACCUUCAAGUACAAAAAUCCCCACCGUAACCAUAUAUUUCUUAUUCCUACCAAAUUAAGAGAGGUAGCUGAUUAAUAGAAAUGUUCACAUUGCACAGAAAAUCACAUUCACUGUUCAGUUCCUUAUGCCUAUAUUGCUAGAACUCUUAUGAAUAACCUUUUUCAUAAAGGCCAAAAUACUUCUGAAAAAUCUGGUUCAGUUCAGUAAACAGUACAGUAUUUAUCACAGAGUGCCUUCCUAAGCAAGAUGUAGAUGCUACAUGGUAUUAAUGGUGUGAGAAGUUUCAUUUAAGGCUAUUAGUUAUAUUUUACAAUUCAAAAAUGUCAAGGCAAAGUGAUAGCUACAGAGAACAAGUGCAAUAUUGUAAAAUAAAAACAGGAAGGAAAAGAGAAGGAAAAACUGAAACAAAUACCUUGUCUCUGCAAUGAGAAAGGAAAUACAUGCCUUAAAAUGUUAGAACUGCCACUACUAUACAGCAAGGCUGACACCUUAAGAUUUUUUUAUUUUUAUUUUUUUUGCCAGCAACAAGGCUUAUUUACAAACAUACUACAAGGCUAAUUUAAGCAUAAAUAAAUUGACCUAGUCCAAAAUAAUGAGAGAUGAGGCAUAAUAUACUGCUACCGACUAUAAAUCCUAGCACCCAAGUAAGGGAUACUUUUGGGGGAAAGAAAAAUGCCAACAGUAUAGUUUUACUACAUAAGGUAGCAAAAAGGAUUGAGAGGGGGAAAAACUAUGGAUGUUUUUAGUGUUUGUUUUUUUUUAAAACAGAUCCUGAAAAACUAACAGAACACUGCCAUUCACAUAUUUAUAAUUCCCAAAUCAGCAGAAAGCUAUGGAGUUUAUGUAGUGGACAUUUAUGACUGUGUAGAGCUUGUGACUAUGUAUGAGGAUUUUAGGAAUGUAGAGCAAGUGGAAAAAAUGGACUGAGUCUGCAAUCAGAGUUUAAAUGACAACACAUAUCUAGGGGUAGGCUAGUAGAAUGAAGGUGGAGAAAAAUAGAAGUGCCGUAAUAUAUUUUUAUGUAACGUGUUAGAUGGUGAAUGAUAAAUAUUUGUUUCUUCCCUAGUGUACGAUAACAGACUAACCAUGCUGUGGCUAGGGACUGCAUGCAGUAGGUGAAGACUUAGCACAGAGGCUACUUUCAGAAUGCAAAGCAAUUCCACAUCAACUGGACUCUGCCUAGUCUACUGUACUAGGCAGUUUUGGACUCUGAACCAAUUAGUUUAGUUGAGAUGGCAGAAGAAUUUUAAUUGGGCCUAAGGGGGGAAAAAUUGAUGGUACGAGAAUACUUCGAUAUAAAGGAACAUGCUGUAUUCCUAUAUGAAGCACAUAUGGUUAUCUUUCAUUAUUAUAAUAAAAAGUGUUGAAAUCUCUCUCAGCUCAGUUAUUCAAGUCCAUUAUUAGUUUAUUGUUUGUGGACUACCAUAUAUUUGCAUUACUGCUAUACAUAUAUUGUUUCAUACCUCUUUGUAAGUAUACAAAACAAACUUUUUUUUUUAGUGACUAACCUUUAGCACAGAAGAUCAUACUAGUCUAUGCACAUUGGUGCAGGUUAUGACCACAGUUACAGCAUUGCUUAUCUAAAUUAAUAUCAUACAGUCUGUCAUAUGGAAAUAUCCUACCUAUAUUUUAGAGUAAGUAUGUCUUAUUUGCCAAGUUUUUCUUGACUGCUAAUUUACUGUUUGUUUAGCUUAACUAUCAUUAUUUGACACCUUUUAUUUGUAUUUAUAAAAAAGUACUAUCAUUACUUUGGAUUGUUGUGCUGACAUAAUGUGGGUUUAGCAUCAAUAAAUAUUACACAA